CUCAGUUUGAACAUGUAGCGGGAUAUCGUACUGGCGAUUGUUUGCUUUACUCAUAAAAGAUUUUACAUAAAACAGAAUUUAAUUAAUCUCAUGAUCUGAUACCAUUGAGUGGAUCUGCAUGUCACGAUCUCAAGACCCAAAAUGAACGUCGGAGGAAGAAACGGGCCAGUCUUUAUGAGGACAUACAGUAAACGAAUGCGGAAGGUGGAGCCUUGGUUCUCGCCUGACCUGAAGAAGGCAGCCUUUUCUUUUUCUAGCACUCCUUCAUCUGAUCAGUCCAUACCAGAGAUCACACAACCCAAGAAACGGAGAAUGAGAGAAACAGCCUCACGGACCGCUAAGAGCAAAAUAAUGACUGGCAUAAAAGAGAAGGAGAGUGAUGAGGAAAACUAUGCACCGUCCUUGCCAUUCAGUAGAAAGAAGAAAAGUGCUAAACCAUCAGUGAGAACUACAGCUGCGAGAAAGGCUCGAACAACAAAAAAGGCAAAAAGAAAUAUACAGUCAAUUCUCAGCAGCAGUGAUAAUGAGGAUGACUCCUUAAUAAUGAAGAAAAGCAAUCCAAGAACAUCUGAUGAAGAAUGUGCAGAUGCAGAGAAAGUGUCAGACAUUUCCCUUUUGGGAAGGUUUGUCACACAUCGCAAAAGACCACAACCAUUCAUCCGAGAUCAGAAACACACCAACAAGCGGAUCUCUGUUGCUCUUCACCGCACACUAAAUUCCUCCGAUGAUUUCCUCCCUUCAUGUUCUCGAAACAAAGGCCUUGCAAGUAGGAAGCCAUUCUGCCUGAUAAACCGUGGCUUAAACAAUCCUGAAAUACACAACAACCGCAAAUGCUCCCAGAGACGUGGAGCUCUGGGUGAGGUGUCCUUUAAUGAUAGCGAUGAUCAGCACCUUCCAGGUAAACGUCCCCUGCUGUCCAGCACCCCUUCCCUGCACUGCAGACAGAUCCUGCACAUACCAGAGCCCUCCAUUAGUGAGAUCUCUUCCCUCAGCUUUGAUGAACAAUACCAGCCUAAAAAACCAACGUAAGCGGUUUGAAUAAGGCCCAAGUGUCUGAUCAAACUGCACAGGAGGAGAGAAUCCAACAGCUCAUAAAACACACAGGAGAAAGAGUGAUGGAGGAUGGAGAGAGGGACCAGAGAAAAGAGGGAUGUGCAGGGAACACAUCUGCACAGGCAAGGGGAUGUUUAGGAUAUGUGGCACCUCCAUCAAACCUGGAGUCUUUAGCAGAGGGGCUAAAGGAGAGGUGUCGCACCGUGGAUGUAGCCGUAAUGCUCCAAAGAAUAGACAUCUCAGACCAUCUGUCCGUGCAAAGAUGCAGCAUGAACUGUUCGGAGUUGACAACGAUCAGUCCAAGCAACCGAACCCACGCUACUGUAUCAUCCAGCUGCUUUUCACUCCCCAAACCAUCUCUCACACCCCUUUAUAUCUCUUCCUCCUCUAUAUCUCUUCCCAGUCCCCCUUUACCUGAGACCAUUUGCCCAAGCCAGCCUCUCAUUGACCGUCUUAAGGCUGAAUGUCUGUUAUCUUGCCUCACCGUCGGCAUUCCACGUCUUGACUUGGAUGGGUAUCCAGAUGCCCAUGAAGGGGCAGCAAAAGCACCCUGCAUUGACUCCCCAUAUAGAGACAGUGCCACCUCUUCACCUCUAAAAGAGACCGAGAGCUGCAUUGCUAGCUCAAAGAGUCCAAUACAUCAUAGGACUCCCAGUAGUACAGAAAGAGUUGUUAGACGUCUGUCGGCAUCGUUCCAACUGCCUUCAGUCACUCCAUCUGCCUCUGGCGCUCGUAGCAAAGCACGGCCACCUGUUGUGCCUAAAGAACACACAGGUGCCGGGACUGGCACCGGUCGUAAAGUUUGUGUGAGCGGAAUGAAUGUCAGCCGAUGGUCAAAGAGGGGUACCAGAGAACACAAUGAAAAGUGGAGAAGAAAGGAAGGACGAACAAAGGGUGUGUCUGGAGACAACAGUUCCUGGAGCAGCAUGUUUGCUGGAGCAGACGCUAAUGCAGGGGAAUCGGCGUGUGGCUGGCUGCAUGGCACCAGUGGGAUUAGUCUGGCUUUGACCCCUCUUAGAAUGGAGCAGAUGAAUCUCUCCUCCAUCCUGGCCAACUUCACUCCCGACACACUCAACACACACACCUGGGGCCGACUCAAGGCCGCGCUGUCCCUGCACAAGAAGAAAACUGCAUUCCCCACCCCUCGACGCUUGGUUCAGUCUCAUCUGAAGUCCCCAGGCUCUGGGUUUCCAGUUGACACCAGUCUGGACCUGUUUUCCUCUCCGGUCUGCACAGCUUCAUCCAGAUUUACACCUUCACGCCUGCUCCGGUCCACCAUAAACACCCCCAGGACUCCAUAUGACGAGGACAUCAGUGAUGCAGAGAAAGUGUAUCAGGAAUGUCAGCAGAGCGGCCCACUUUCCUUCAGCGACUGUAUCCCUCCAUCUCGCAUGAAGCGCUGCAACAAGAUCGGCGAGGGAACGUUCGGAGAGGUCUUCUCAACCAUAAAUGACUCCAACCAGACCGUUGCUCUCAAAAUCAUUCCAGUGGAGGGCAAUCGGAAGGUCAAUGGUGAACAUCAGAAAACAUUUGGGGAAAUUCUUCAUGAAAUCAUCAUUUCCAAAGAGCUGAGCUGCCUGAAUUCAAAGGAAAUCAACAAGACCGACGGUUUCAUCGGCCUCAACAAUCUUCACUGUGUUCGUGGACAGUACCCUGAAGCUUUGCUCAAAGCCUGGGACAAGUUUGACCGGCAGAAGGGAUCUGAGAACGACAGGCCUGAUUUCUUCGAUGACGAGCAGCUGUUUUUAAUCCUGGAGUUUGAGUUUGGAGGGAGUGAUCUGGAAAACAUGAAUGGAAAGCUGUCUUCAAUGGCUCAGGCCAAGAGUGUUUUACAUCAAGUCACCGCAGCUUUGGCUGUAGCUGAGCAGGCGUUGUGCUUUGAACACAGGGAUCUUCAUUGGGGGAACAUCCUGGUGAAUAACACUAAGCAGAAGCAGAAUGAGUUCAUUCUGAAUGGAGCCGUGCGUUCCGUAGAGACUCGAGGAGUUCACGUCAACAUAAUCGACUACUCGCUCUCACGCCUAGAGAUCGAUGGACUGACGGUGUCAUGUGACAUCUCUGCCGAUGACGAGUUGUUUAUGGGCCAGGGAGAUUAUCAGUUUGAAAUAUACCGUUUAAUGAAGAAGGAAAACAAUAACUGCUGGUCGACGUAUAAUCCUCAUUCCAACGUGUUGUGGCUGCACUAUCUGGCAGAUAAACUGUUGAGCAUGAACUAUAGGCACAAAGUCCAAUCCAGCCAUCAGAAGGCGCUAAAGAGCGCCCUCAAAUCCUUCCAGUCGGAGAUACUGGAUUAUGAGUCAGCCACAGAAGCUCUUAUGCACUGCAGAUUCUUUCAAUGAAC